AUGGAGAAUAUAGAGAUAAAUGCGUUGAUAAAGAUUAUUGGUCUGCAGUAUCGGUUGAAAUAUGAUAGGGAUGAAGAGAUGAAGACAUUGCGAUAUGGGAAGGUGAUGGUGAUGGCCGAUCAGGAUCAAGACGGUUCCCAUAUAAAGGGUCUAGUCAUCAAUUUCAUUCACUGUAAUUGGCCUGCGUUGAUCAAGCGAAAUUUUGUGGAGGAAUUCAUUACACCGAUUGUUAAG